UUCGACCUGUCUGUGGUUUAACUUCCCUUGGAUAAAUUGUUGGAGGAAUCUGAGCUUUAGGAUAGCCAAGUUGGACACCAGGUAAGAGAGCGAGCUGGCGCCGAGUGACGGCCGAUGAGACCACCGGCAGCGGUGGUGGCCGUGCGCGGGUCCCAGCACCAUCGGCAGAGUCCGAUGGCGACUCCGAGGCAUCCGGCUCAGAUUUCCAGGUCCACAGAAACACAUAUGGUCUGCACACAGGGCUGUGUGACCUUUGAAGAUGUGGCUGUGUACUUCUGCCAGGAAGAAUGGGAGCUCCUGGAUGAAGCUCAGAGGCUACUGUAUCUCAAUGUGAUGCUGGAGAACUUUGCACUUAUAACCUCACUGGUUUGUUGGCAUGAAGCAGACGCUGAAGAAACAACCUGUGUACAGAGUGUUUCACCAGCUGAAGAACCACAGGUCAGGACUCCAAAGGAGGAUCUACCCACAAAGAAGACUCAUCCUUCUGACAUCUGUGUUUCAGUCUUGAAAGACAUCUUGCAUCUGAAUGACCUUCCUGAUCAGAAACCAUAUUUGACUGAGGUGUGUGCAAACCUCCUGGACCAGAAGCAUCCUAGAGCCAAGAAUUGGUUAAAAAGAGAUGUGGACUCCCUUGUGAAGAGUUGUAUAUUCCAUGUAUCAAGGAAUCCUUUCAUCUGUAGUAAGAUUGGAGAGAAAUUCCCAGAUAUGUGGAAUCUUCUCCAACCCCGGGCCGUUCCUCAAGGUGAGAAACAAAACAAAAUUAAGCAUGGAAAGACUUUUCACAGUGAUAAAAAUAAUUCUAAGUCAAAUGAGUAUAAGAAAUCUUCCAGCCCCCAGCACAAGCUUCUAGAGUACCAGAGAGCUUGCAGUGAAAGGGGGGGUGCUGAAUCUAGCAAAUGUAAGCAAGACUUAAACAAAUGCACACUUGUACCAUCCCAGACAGACCAGACUGACAAAAGACCAUAUGAGUGUCAUGAUUGUGGGAAACUGUUUGGCCAAAAAGCCACACUUAGGAUACACCAGAGACGGCAUACUGGAGAAAAACCCUAUAAGUGUGGUGAAUGUGGAAAGUCUUUCUGUCAAAGCUCCAACCUCAGUGAACACUGCAGGGUUCACAGUGGAGAAAGACCUUAUGAGUGUGUGGACUGCGGGAAAGCCUUUGGGUGCCACUCUAGUCUUCUCCGGCACCAGAGAACACACACAGGAGAAUGGCCGUAUGAAUGUGGUGACUGCGGAAGAUUGUUUAGACAGGUCGUCAGCCUGAUCACACACCAGAGGACUCACACUACAGAAAAGCCUUACGAAUGUGGACAGUGUGAAAAGUCUUUUAGUCACAAAGCCACGCUUACUGUACAUCAGAGAGUUCACACUGGAGAAAAGCCCUAUAAUUGUGAAGAAUGUGGGAAAUCCUUUAGCCAAAGUGCCAACCUUAUUAAACACUCCAAAAUUCAUACUGGAGAAAAGCCUUAUGAGUGUGGGGAAUGUGGUCUAUGCUUUCGUCAAAGAGCUACCCUCAUGAAACAUCAGAGAACCCACAGUGCAGAAAGGCCUUAUGAAUGUAGGGAAUGUGGUAAGUUCUUUAAACAAUACUUCUACCUCAUUGAACACCGUAGGAUCCACACUACAACAGAAUUUUAUGAGUGUGAACAGUGUGGGAAAUCCUACACGCAAAAAGCCACCCUUCUUAGACACCAGCGAGUCCACACCGGAGAAAGUCCUUAUAAAUGUGAGGAAUGUGGAAAAGCCUUUGAGUACAAAUCCAGACUUGAUCGACAUCAAAGAACUCACACUGGAGAAAGGCCUUAUGAGUGUGCCAAAUGUGGGAAAUUCUUCAGGGAAAGCUACAAUCUUGCUGAACACCAGAAAAUUCACACGAAAGCAAAGCCUUACAAUUGUGAUCAGUGUGGGAAAUGUUUUAGCCGGAGAGCUGACUUGGUUAAGCACCAGAGGGUUCAUACUGGGGAAAAGCCUUAUACAUGUGGUGAAUGUGGGAAAACCUUCAGCCGAACUACCAACCUUGUUCAACACAGCAGAAUUCACACUGGGGAACGGCCGUAUGAGUGUGACCAAUGUGGGAAAUCUUUUAGCCAAGUAUCUACCCUCACUCGGCAUCAAUUACUUCACGCUGGAGAAAGACCUUCUAAAUAUAGCAAAUGAGGCAUGUCUUAGACAACCCUCUAGCACCUUCUAACAUGAAAAAAUGUCACAGAAAGGCAGAAAAUGUGGGAAAUCCUUCAACACUGGGUAGACCAUCACAGCUCCUGGAAGCCUAGUAUUUGAAAAAACCAUUAGGCCUCCCAAGAGAAUGACAUUGUUGUUCCCUGUAGCAGACUAGAGAGCCUCACACGAGUAUUCAGAGGAGCAAAGUACUAUGCGUUCCAGGCAUAUGUAUUGGUACUGGAGGUCCCCUGCACAUUCUAAAUGUCUCUUUUGCCAGAAUUAAGUCACUGCCAAAGUGUCUCCUCAAAAGUGUCUCUCCUCUAGCAUCUUGAAUUGAGUGCAUAUUCCCCCCAACAUGCCCAUAUUCUCCCCUUCCCUAGUGAAAGCCUCAAUGGCCUGUGCCUUGCAAAUGACCUUAAUCCCUUUCUUUGGUCUGUAUUUUGCCUAAAAGAACCUGGUCUGGGUUUAGCUCCGAGGCUUCAAGAAAGGAUUAUCUUCUUUUUCAUUCUUUGUCUCACAUGAUUCAUGUUACUGUUUAUAUACUCCAAGAUCACUAGCCAGUAACUUCCUGCUGUUUUGUGCAAUAAUAAAGGCCUUAUGUUAUU